AUGUCCAAGGUUUAUUUCGAUGUUGAAGCCGAUGGCCAAGCUUUAGGCCGUGUCACUUUCCAAUUGUACGACGAUGUUGUCCCAAAGACUACUGAAAACUUCAGAGCUCUAUGUACUGGUGAAAAGGGUUUCGGUUACGCUGGUUCUCCAUUCCAUCGUGUCAUUCCAGACUUCAUGCUACAAGGUGGUGAUUUCACCAGAGGUAACGGUACCGGUGGUAAGUCUAUCUACGGUGAAAGAUUCCCAGAUGAAAACUUCUCUAAGAAGCACACUAAGCCAGGUCUAUUAUCCAUGGCUAACGCUGGUCCAAACACUAACGGUUCUCAAUUCUUCAUUACUACCGUUCCAUGUCCAUGGUUAGAUGGUAAGCACGUUGUCUUCGGUGAAGUCGUUGACGGUUACGAUGUUGUUAAGAAGGUUGAAUCUAUGGGUUCUCCAUCCGGUUCUACCAGAGCUAGAAUUGUCGUCGCUAAGUCUGGUGAAUUAUAA